AUGAGGAAGAAGAAGAAGAAACCAAAAUCAUAGAGAUGAUGGCGAUUCGCUGUUUUCAGAGCAAAUCUUUCAGUGUUUACUGAAUUUUCCACCCAAUUUUCAAAUCAUGUCGUUCUCUUCCACCUUCUUACAUUCCUUCUCAAUCCCCAAAUGCUCCAUUUCUUCUUCUUCUUCUUCUUCUUCUUCUUCUUCUUCUUCCUCACUGCCCACGUCCAGAGAUCCUGCCGCUACUUCUCAACUUCCUACCGGAAUUCGACUCCGGAGAGGCUCCGCCGGUCGGGUUUUGGACUCGAAGUCCAUCCUGGUUUUGCUCGGCACUGGUUUCACUCUCUCCCUUCUUGAACCUGCAUUGCCUUCUGCUGCGACGGAAUUCCAGUCUUCGCUUCUGUUUAACGAGCCCCAGAAUGCUCUGUCCUUGCCCACCUGGGCCAUACAUGUUUCCAUCGUCGUUGAAUGGAUUGCAGCAAUGGCUUUGGUGUGGCAGUAUGGAGAGAAAUCUGGCAAUGAGUCUUGGAAAGGACUUUCUUGGGGAAUGGUACCCUUGCUAGGUGGAGCAUUUUGUGCUUGCACAUUGCAUUUUUUCUACAAUUCUGAGUCUCUUGAGGUAUUGGUGCCCCUUCAGGCAAUGCUAACGGUUAUAGGAAAUGCUACAAUGUGCAUUGCUGCAUUUCGCAUAUACAAAUCAUCACAAGAGCGUUCAAAGAACUUGUAAAGGAAACUCAAGUCUCUGUUACACUAACUGACAAAAUCAAAAGAGAUUCAUGGUUAAGCGUGUUUUACUUGGAGCAAUUCUAUGUUAGAUGACUUCAUAAGAAUUUUUUUGGAUGCAUGUGGGUGAGAACAAAAUAUGCUGAAAAGACUCGUGUUGGUCUGUGGGGAUAGUCUUCACUCUUAAGAAGCGAGGAUUAGGUAACAUGACUAUGUCGCAAGAGAAUGUCGGGACUAUCAGGUGUUGAAUCCUUAUCUGAAUCAUGGGCAUGAAACGUUACAAAUAGAGACUAAAUAAAGAAAAGGUCAACCAUGACAGAUUUUCCCUAAAAAAAAUGUAAUUUAUAGUUAAAGAGGUAAGGGUUGUCGGUUAAAUGUCGUCCCAAGCAAUUAUGUUUGAAAAACAGCUCCCUUUCCGACCAACAACAAU